AUGUCGGGAGGGUGGGCAAACAGCCCCGAGGACGAAGACGAUGAGGACGACGAAGAAAUCGAACGGGCGGAAGACGAGGCAAGCUCCCCGGGAGGCGUUGCCGACGCCACGCCGGGGGUGACAGUCGACAAGCGGGCCGUCAAGAACCGCGCCGCCGAAGCGGAGAAGGAGCUGGACAGCGACAUAGCGGAGGCGCAGGACGCGCUCGAACUCUUCCUCAAUUCCCGCUUCGCCGAAGCCGAACGCAGAUUGAGCGCCAAAAAUGGGCGGUCGUUGUACCACACCUUGGGGUACGCGACCAUCUCGUACCUCCGCGCGCUCUUCACGUUCGAUCCCUCCGAUGUCCGCAAGGCCACAGAGUCGUUGCGCAAUGCCGUGGAGAUUGCCGCGAUAUACAAGAAAGAGACGAGCCUCGUUUCCUCGUUCACGAGCAUGAUGACGCGUUCCAAAGAAGGAAGCCACAUCAAGCACAUGACGAAACUACAGCGCCAUGCCGAGCUGGUCCACGCCGAAGCGCAUCUGGCCAAAUCGAUGUUGUCGCUGAUCACCGACAGCAACAUCAUUGCGUUUGUCAGGGAGGGGUUGAACAUCCGAGCCGCUUACAACUCGUAUAAGAACUGCUACAAGUUCUUGCAGAGGACGUAUGAUGAGGAGGGUGGCGCGCAAGGUCUGGCCAAGGCUGGAAUCGACGAGCAUUUCGUGUCCGGAAUCCUACUGGGCAUCGGCGCCUUCAACCUAUCGCUUUCGAUGAUGCCUGCGAAGGUGUUGCGGCUAUUCGAACUGAUCGGCUUCUCUGGCGACAGAGAUUUCGGACUAUCGCGACUGGAAAUAGGCGGCGAAUGGCCCAUCCGGAACCGAGCAGGGAUAUACGACCAUAAAGUCAAACCCGCAGCUCGUGUCCGCAAAGCGCUAUGUGACCUCGUCUUGCUCGGCUACCACAUCAUCCUCUCCUCCCUCGUUCAAUUACCCGACUGCGAUAUGGAUUUCGCAAAGCAGAUCCUGGCGUAUAACUUGGAAAGGCACCCCAACAGUUUCAUCUUCCUGGCCAUGCGCGCCAGGGUUGCCCAGACCGAAGGCAAUCCAGCCCAGGCUAUCAGCGAGUACAAGCGGGUGAUUGAGAUUCAGAACGAGUGGAGGCAACUGGUGCAUCUCUGUAUUUGGGACUCAGCCACAUGUUACGGAGCGCUCGGAAAUUGGUCCGAUGCGCAUGACAUGCACGAAACCUUGUUCAAGGAAAGCAAGUGGUCAAAGGCCAUUUACAAGUACUUGCAAGCGAUAUCGCUGUACGCUCAGGAUAUCAACGGGGACAAGAAAGAACAAGUGGGCGAAAUGUUGAAGGAGGUGCCUAAACUGACAAAGAAGAUCGCGGGCAAGUCGAUACCGAUGGAGAAGUUUGUAUCGCGAAAAUGCCGGAAAUGGCAGCUACAGGGCGGACGAUUGUUUUUGCCGCACUUUGAGAUGCUCUACAUCAUGAACGGGUUCGAU